CUCAAACCAAACCAUUAAUUCUCUCAUAUACCUUUCUUCUUCUUGUGCAGUUCAUGAUUCAAGCCAUGGCUUCUUCUUCUGAGAAAUCCAUCAUCACGGUGCUAUUCCUUCUGGUUCUCACAGUGUCAAGCACGAUGAUAAGUUCGAGUGUGGUAGAAGCUCGUCAACUACUGCAAACAACACAGCCUUCGAUACCAAACAUGCCUGGAAUUCCAAGUAACUUGCCUAAGCCAACAGGAUUGCCACCUUUGCCUUCAAUCCCAACAAAUAACAUUCCUCCUCUGCCAACAAAUAUCCCAAAUCUGCCGAAACCCAAUUCUCUUCCUCCUCUUCCUUCUAUGCCCACCAUUCCUAAAGUGCCACAAGCCACACUUCCUCCCUUGCCUAACAUUCCUUCUAUUCCCACUAUUCCAAUUACUAUGCCCUCCAUCCCAUUCUUCUCUCCUCCUCCUUCUAACUAAUCUCAGAAAGAGGUUGCUUUAUUUAUGUGUUCAUUCCAUGCUGGUUGCUCGAUAUGGUCCUUACUACUCUGAAGCAUGCCAGCAUAUAUAUAUAUAUAUAUAGAAUACAAAUACAAUGUCGGAUUCCAUUGUUGCAUCCUUGGACUUCUAUAUGUUAGGAGAUUUUUAUGUCGCUUCAUGUCAUUUGGUUUUCCCCCCUUUUUGGUUCGGUGUUAAAUUAAAAGGCAUUGUAUUUCUUUUAAUAUUAGUAUGAGUUUAUUGUUAUUGAUUGGUAA